AUGGCGAUGUCCGCAGCUCCAGGAAACCUUCCAAAGUUUUCCGACGCCACGACCACGUUUGUUUGCGUCCUGGUCAGGACAUCGCGAUCGACGAUCUCUGGUGACGUGGACCCUGAUCACGGAUCAGAGGGAUCAUCAUCACCUGCCCCAGAUUCAACGGGCCUUCGUUCCGUGUUGAUCCGCGAUCAACAGGCCGUUAAUUUUAUCGAGGCCGCCAUCCUCCACAGUGGGCAAGGAACCGGGGUCGACAGAGGGGGACACCGAGCGGGGCCUGGUCUGGGUGUCCCGGACUGGAGGGAACGACCGCUUGUGAAGGUGCUCGCCACGAACGUGCUUUCGGAUCCCGGGAUGGUUGGAUUGCCGAUGAACCGAGCCGUCCGAAUAAUCCUGGAAAACUCGUGCUAUUUAGCGAAAAGCCACGAGUCUGGGGAUCAAUGUUCGGCGAGCCGGCAACGAAGAAAUCUCGUCAUGAAACUCAUCGGAACCGGAAACCAAGACGUGAGGAAGACGGAGGGACGCUUCGCCGAGUUGGCGAGCCUCCCGCUGUUCGAAUCUCCAGCCGAGGAGGCUGUCGAGAGGGCUGGUAAAGGCCGAGAGACAAGGCAGGAAGCGAAUCCGUGGUACUGGGAAGGACCCUUGCAUCGCAUCGCGGUGCUUCGGGACCUCUGGGCUUGGCCGCAGAACCAACAGCCCGAUGCAGAGAGUAUGGACCGCAUGGGAUGGAAGCUCGCGGCGCUGCUUCGGAAUCGAGCGAGCCGGGUUCGUGGAUUCGUUCCAAAACUGCAAUCCAAUCUAUUGUCCAAAUUGGCCACCGUCAAGUGA